AUGGCGAACAGCGAGCGCAACGACCCGGACACCUGGUCCCUGCCCUCCGAAUCCGGAGUGAAGCACGGCGUCGCGACGCCUACGCUGAUUGGCUUGGAAGAUGCGACGCCCAAGGAGAUCCAACUUGACGAGGCUGGAAUUGAAACUGGGGAAAUAGAGGCAGAAUUGUUGCGAGGAGUCAGCUUGAGAAUUGCCCUGUCUGGUUUCGGAAAGCAUUGGAAACUUCCAUCUUUGACCAGCAUGUACGAGAUCCAGAAAAAUUGCGCCUACGAUUUGAGCUUCCAAGCAAUCACAUUGCAUCAUUUCUUGAGCCAUGAUUGGAAGACCAGCCGCUGGGCAAAAUAUGGGUCGAUGCUGCUUCUCUUCAACCUCCCUGCAGCUACCAUGGCCACUUUUCUGGCCGCCAUCCUGCUGGGUUUGUACAUUGGGCCAACGCCGCAAGCAUCGCAUAAUCUAAGCCUUGCUGCUGCCCGGUUUCUGCCAUGGCUGGUCUUCGUUUUCUUCCUCUGCUUCUGGCAGAGUCUGCGCAGCGUUUCCAGACGACCCUUGGUCGUGUUCCUUGACAAACUCUGCAUCGCGCAGCACGACCCGGCACUCAAAGCCAAGGGCAUCCGGGGGCUGUCGACUUUCCUGGAUCGAUCGGACGAGCUGACGAUCUUGUGGUCCUCCCGAUACUUCACCCGCCUUUGGUGUGUCUAUGAGCUGGCCACGUUCCUUCGUCGUGGCCAUACAAGACCGGUGAAAUUAUUUCCAGUGGCGAUGGCAUGGGUUUUGCUGCUGCAGACUGGUGCAGUUGGCGGUGCUAUCAUCAUUAACGAGCUCGGCAAGGGUAUUGGAAAUCCAGAUUAUGCACGAAGCUUCUGGUCAUUUUUAUGCCCUGGGCUUUGGGCAAUUGUCAUGAUAUUUCCUCUUCAGUAUCUUUUGCUGGGCGUGAUGGCCGACAUCCUGGUUCUGGAGGAACAGUUCAAGCAGUUUUCCAUCCAAAAAUCCCAAUGUUUCUGCUGCACCAGCGAUCAUCGACAUCCUGACACUGGUGAGACGUUGAUGUGCGACCGGAAGUUCGUCUAUGAAGCUGUCAGAACCUGGUACAAAUUCGACACAGCAGGAGAGGAUGAAACCUGGGAGCAUUUUGAGAAAUUCGACCAAGUGGUGCGGACCACUUUACGCCGCAGGGUCAUGGAAGGUGCCAACAAUGCCAUUCUUCCUUUCCGCAUGAUCUUGUACCUUGCAGUAGUUGUCACUGCGCCAAAUCUGGUUGAACUGAUGACACUUGAAGUUGAAGAAGGGUUCGGAAGACCGGACUUAGUUUAUUGGGUUUGGAGAGUUGUAGGCUGGACCUCCUAUGUUUGGGUGCGAAUACUUGUUUCCAUCUUAGUUGACAUCGGCGUCUCCAUCAAGCUCUCCAAAUGGUGUUCGCGCUUCCUAAAAAGCAUGUCCCGCCUCAAAGUUGCAGCAGUAGCAUCUGUGCUCCAGUUUCUAUUGGCUGUCAUCACCUUGGGUGCCAUACGCCUCUGUUGGGACCUCCUUUGGGAUGUCGAUGGCUCUGAUUGGUUUCCACUGGUGAUGGCAGCGUGGCUGUUCUUCAUCACUUGGUUCUAUGGAGUGGGCCCCUGCGGUUCGUUGUGCCGCUGAUCCCACCAGCAUCUCACCCGCUCCGGCCAAGCCGGACCCUAUUUCUUGCCUUUGUGCCGCCGUGUGCUGCGAAGGGCGAUUCAAAAACAGAAUGCAAACGACAGUGGAAAAACAAUGAAA